UCUCCGCCGCAGCCCCCGCCUCCCUUCUCAGGAAGCCUGGGUCCCCCCGGCGGCGGGGCUGCCCCUGGGAAAGGCCUCUGGCUCUGCGCCCUGCAGCCGGGCGUGCUCCGCGGCGGACAGAGAGGGCCCGGCGCCCCCGCGUGCACACGUGCCAGCCCAGGCAGGAGGGCGCGCCUCGGCGGAGGAGCCACGGACGAGGGGAGGGAGACGCGCGCCAGAACCUCGGUCCCGGGCGCCCCGGUCGGCCGCGGAGCUGCUGCAGCCGCCAACAGGAAGUUGUGCAUCUCCGACAUGCUAUCUGCUCGGCUCGGUGACUGAAGGCUCCUGCGUCCCAGCUCUGCCAGGAAGCAAAGGUUGGCACCUCUGCCCGCGCCAGGCCAGCCAGGCCGUGGGGUAGUGCACGCCAAGCGGCCGCGCCAUGGACUUCGUCAUGAAGCAGGCCCUGGGAGGGGCCACCAAGGACAUGGGGAAGAUGCUGGGGGGAGAGGAGGAGAAGGACCCCGACGCGCAGAAGAAGGAGGAGGAGCGGCAGGAGGCGCUGCGGCAGCAGGAGGAGGAGCGCAAGGCCAAGCACGCGCGCAUGGAGGCCGAGCGGGAGAAGGUCCGGCAGCAGAUCCGCGACAAGUACGGGCUGAAGAAGAAGGAGGAGAAGGAGGCGGAGGAGAAGGCAGCCCUGGAGCAGCCCUGCGAGGGGAGCCUGACCCGGCCCAAGAAGGCCAUCCCUGCGGGCUGCGGUGACGAGGAGGAGGAGGAGGAGGAGAGCAUCCUGGACACGGUGCUCAAAUACCUGCCUGGGCCGCUGCAGGACAUGUUCAAGAAGUAACUGGCCCUCCUGCCCCAUCCCCACUCUACCUGUUACUAUUUUUUGUUCUUUCUUUUCUUUUUAUUAAGUCUCAAUUCUGAAGGGGAAAACCUCAGUUGGCCUCUGCCCCCCUUCCCUGGCCAGGGGCUCCUCCCCCUCAGCACUCCCUCACACACCCCUUCAUCCCAGGGUACACAGCCCCACCCCACUCCCAAGCAGCUUGAAAAAGGGAAAAAUGGCUUUUCCUCUGCAGGGGGUGUGG